CAUAUUCCGGAAUUAUCCACGGGACGGCGCUCUCGUGUCUUUUCUCCAUGGUCGUGGCAGAAGAAGAAGAAGUGGUUCUUCGGGUUGCUUCCGGUGAAGGUUCUUCCUUUCUGUCCGCUUACGUCCAAGGGAACACGCGUUCGCUUUUGUAGCUCAAGAUGCGUUACGUUGCUGCUUACUUGCUCGCUGCCCUUGCUGGCAAUGACAAACCUGAAGCAAAGGACAUCAAGAAAAUCCUAGACAGUGUUGGUAUUGAGGCCGAUGACACACGUCUGGACAAGGUCAUUUCUGAGCUCAAGGGCAAGAACGUAAAUGAUGUGAUUGCAUCAGGUUAUGGUAAACUGGCCAGCGUGCCAGCAGGUGGAGCCGUAGCUGUUGCCAGCUCAGCUGCUGGUGGCGCCGGUGGAGCUGCAGCCCCUGCUGCAGCUGCAGAGGAGAAGAAGGAAGAGAAGAAGGAAGAGUCUGAGGAGUCCGAUGACGACAUGGGAUUCGGCCUGUUUGACUAAACCUUUCCAAAAAAAUAAAAUUUAUAUUAAAAAAAUUGA